UAAAAAAUUUAUAUAUAAAAUCGAAGAUAAACAGAGAUUUGCGGUCUCUCUUGUUCUUCCGAAUUUGCAUGUUCUCCUUGUUUUGAGAAAGCUCUUGUCUGAUUAAAUUUAUGUGCCAUCAACUGACUGCAUUUUCUGAAGCUGGCCAGGUUCUCCAAACAUGGGAAACAAGCCUGUGAAGCAAGAAAGCGAAGAAAUUUUCUUGAAAGUUGUUCCUCCGUUGGACCGUACAUAUGUUAGGUGGCUUGCUCGAGAUCUUGAGAGGAUUCACGGCUUUACACCAGCUAAACCUCGUGCUGUGAAGCCCCCAGAUCAUUAUAUUGAGUACAUGCAUCUGAAUGGAUGGUUGGAUGUGGACUUGGCUGAUCCUGAUCUAGCCCAUUUAUUCAAGUAGAUAGUGAAGGUGAUGUACUUAAAAGAAAUAUUUGGGGGGAAAAAAGGAUUUCCUUUGAACUAAAUCAUUGUUUAGUAUUACUAGAUUGGAAUUUGAGUACAUUUCAUGAGUUGUGAGAUACCACAAAUUUAUAUUUGAAUGAAGCAUCUCAAACCUCCGAUUGAUGAAAA